CUUCAUGCAUCAUAGCGAUUCGAGAUUUUGCCGAGUUACAAGCUCUAUAUAGCUGUGUGUGCCGCUGUCAUUUUUCUUUUAAGAUGAUUAGAGAAAGGAAAUUUUACGAUAACGCAAACGCAGACAAAUAAUUAACUAAUACUUAAAACAUUCAAGGUAAAAAAUAUUGAAUAGCUUAUAAAUGGAGGGAACGCAAAAAUCGUUGGAGUGUCCAUUCACGUGGGGCAUAGACGAGGAUAUGGCUCGCGAAUUCGACGAGAGCCAAGAGAUAGUUGUUGAAGUCGAAGAGCAGACUGUCCUGGCCCUCGUCAACUCCCUGUCGAUUACUUAUUUUCUCUUACGGGCCAAUUACUAAUUACCGAAGUUUUCGCUUUUUUGGCGAUUUUUACACUAUUUUAAAAUUGCUCGCAACUUUUGAUAUGAAGCUGCAGUUUACUUGAAGGAAGCUGGAAAAAAUGGCAAUGACAUAGCUAAUUUUGAUUACGCCGACGUUAUGAUGAAAUUGUCCAAUGGGAAUUUCGAUUAUUUAGGACACUUGCAGUGGAUGUUUGAGAAAUGUAAGAAUGUCAAUAAAAAAACAAACGAUUCUUUUGCAUAUAUCCAUGCAGUUUUAUAAAAAAUCUGACCUGGAUAAUGCCUUAAAAAAUGUAUUGAAAGCCAUCGAGCUCAAUCCUGACAGCAAACAAUUGAAGGAUUUCAAAAACGUUACCUUCAACUGGAAUGAGCAUCUGAAUAUUUUCGGUUUGGUCUUGAAGGUUUGGUUGCCGUUGUACUCAUCUUCUACACAACGACGAGAGUGUCCGGCUGACAUGGAAAGCGUUUUGGAACGGUUGAAGGAGCUUUGUCAAAAGCAAAGAAACGAUCCUUCGACGCCUCUUAAAAAUACGCAUAUGUAAUAACAAGUUGAUGUUAAUAAAAUAUAAUCAAGGAAGGAACGCGGGAGCACCCGGUGGCAAGUCAAAUGCAGCCAACAAGUGUAUACUUUGCGCAUCUUUGCUACAGACAGCAAUAUCCGACCUGCAGUAUAGGGUAAAAAACAAUCGAAGCUCGAUCGGAUUGAGAGAACAAAGGUUUGGUUACAGCUUGAUUAUCCUCAAGACGCGGGAGUUUCUUAGGUUAUACCUAGCUGCAAUUUGCGACCUGCAAAUGGGGGAAACGCAUAAAUCGUUGGAGUGUCCAUUCACGUGGGGCAUAGACGAGGAUUUGGCUCGCGAAUUCGACGAGAGCCAAGAGAUAGUUGUUGAAGUCGAAGAGCAGCCUGUCCUGGCCCUCGUCAACUCCCUGUCGAUUACUUAUUUUCUCGCUGUUCAGAAGAGUCAUAGGGAUGCCCUGAACAAAUUGCACGAGUCACAAGAGAUUUUUAAGCAGCUUGACAAGAGAACAUUAGAAAAUGACGCAACAUCGCACGAAGUUCUAGAGCACAUAACGCAGGCCACGGCGUACCACGUUCACACUCUGCUGGACAUGACCUCCGAGGCGAAGAAGGCGAUGAGCGAACUAAAGGAUUCGAAAGCUCUUCGCAGCAAGCCUGAGCUGGGCAGCAUCUACGGCUGCAGGAGCAUCGCCUGGUCGUGUUUCCACGAAGCCGGCUGCCAGCGAGUCGUGCCACUGGCCGAAGCGGCCGUUUCCAGCAGCCCCACCUGUUCGCUGUGGCACCACAUUCUGGGCAAGAGCUUGAGACACGUCAGACGCAACGUCGACGGGCUUCACAAGCCAUCGCCGAGAGAAAAGUCGUGUCUUCUCAGGAGCUACGAGCUGUCGCCGAUUCCGUUUUACGGUAUUCACGUUGCGCAGAUGUACAGGGAGAGCGAGGAGAGGGAGAAAUGCAGGAAAAUCUAUUCGGACAUCUACGAGUCCCGUCCGACCAGCGUUGGCAUCAAUCUCCGUUUGGGCAAGGCUUUUACGACGUUCAACGAUUUUGUCAAGGCGGAAGAAUGCCUCAAUCGAGCGGGAGAAAAAAACCAGCAGAAUCCGAUGUAUCUUCAUUACAAAGGAUGCCUCUACAGGAAAGAAAAAAAAUUGAAGGAAGCUGCAGUUUACUUGAAGGAAGCUGGAAAAAAUGGCAAUCACAGAGCUGACUUUGAUUAUGCAGAAGUUAUGAUGAGGCUUUCCAGAGGGAGUUUCGAUUAUUUAGGACACUUGCAGCGAAUGUUUGAGAAAUGCGAGAACGUCAAUUUCAAGCAGACGAUUCUUCUGCACAUAUCCAUGCAGUCUUAUUACAAGAAAACCGACCUGGACAGCGCCCUAAAGAAUUUAUUGAAAGCUAUCGAGCUCAAUCCUGACAGCAAACAAUUGAUGAAUUUCAGAAACAUCAGCGUCGACUGGAACGAGUAUCUGAAUAUUUUCGAUCUGGUCUCUGACGUUUUGCUGCCAUUGUACUUAAAACGGCGUCAAGAACUGUCAGCCGAUAUGAAAGAUGUUGUAAAAUCGUUGAAACAUCAUUGUGAAAAACAAAGAAACGAACUCUCCGCGUCUUUUCAAGGGAUGACAUUAUAAACGCCGCGGUUUCGCGAUUUAACUUAAUGUGAAUUAUUUUCAUUGGCUUAUUUUUCUAUUUUGUGUACCUAAAAGGUUUAUAAAGCUAUUGUUAACAAUUUGUGUGCUACUGAUAUUUUGACCAUUGCUAUCAGUAUUCUUAUCAUGCAUCAGUGAUUUCACGAUUGCCUAUGUUAAGGAGCUCCACUUUUAUGUAGUAGUUGCAGAUAAUAUACUAUAUACCAAAAUGAAUACAUUGCUACAUUCAUGCAUACGUUAUAAUUUGGUUUUUUGUUUAAUUAUGUUAAUCGAAAUUGUUUGAAAAUCGAAUCGAUAAUUGAGCAAUAAAGUUAUUCUAAAUGGACAUUA